AUGAACUCGAAACUUGCUUUACUUUGCCUGCUCUUCGUCUCUUCUGCUCUCGUGCUCUCGUUCCCGAUCGGAGUGGACAAGAACUCUUCGGAAGAGACGACCACGGCGGAGGCUGAAAAUGAAGAAACUACUAACAGUCAGGAGGUAAGGAUUACUGUGAGUUUGGAAAUCUAAAAGAAUCUUCAGGUGACCAUAGAAGAGAACGAAGCGGAAGAGGAGGAAUCCUCUCGGAAGAAGCGAGGACUCUACAGUUCCGAAAGGACUGAAGAAGAGAUUGAAUACCACCACGGCGUGCAUCACAGAGAGAGACGACACGCCGAGCAUCACGAUAUCGUCCACAGCUCCGAUCACGGACACACUACUCCGAACAAACGGAACUCGGAUCAUCGCAGAGAGAAGAGAAGUGCCGGGGAAGGAGGGCAUGCCCAGAAGAGGAGCACGGCGGUGAUGGCGAAGGACGAUCACCGCGGCGGACAUGUAAAGAGGAGCGCCGAUGAUCAUCACGGACACGAGAAGAGAUCGGAGCACUCGGUGCCGCAUGAGCAUGAGAAGAGGAAUGCUCCGGAAGGGGGAGCUCACGGUGAGCACCAUGUUGUGAAGAGAAGCGGAGGAUCGGAAGGUGAGGAAGUGACCGCUUCCGUUCUGAGCAUUUGUAGUGCUCUCAUGCAUGGUUGAUCACAGAUUAUGCUUUCUCUUUCCAGGACACCGUCAUCACCGCAGUACUGACCAAGGAUUGGACGAGGACGAGCCAGAAGACGAGAUCAAGGUCGACGAGACGGCGGAGGAAGCGAAUGAAGAAUCGUCGCGAAAGCGUCGUGACGCUCCUCUCCCCACUUUCCCGAGCGACCACGACGCCAGUGAGCACUCGAACUCAGUAGGUACAUUUGUUAUCACUUGUUAUCAUGUAAGAGUUUCGGAGUCUCCAACCCCUUUUCCCUUUCUAACCUCCACCCCAAUUUCAGCCGUUCGAGUAAAACGUGUCUCGCGUGCCGGAUCCAGCCACAAAGUGCGUACCCUAAACAAGAAUCGCGGAAAUAGCAAAGCGGGAGAAACGACGCAGAACGACUCGCCGCCUAGCGGUGUUUUCAGUCCCUAG